CUUCACCGUCGAAUAUUUUGUCGUUUCCGAGAGUGUUGCGCAUCGACUACGCUAGUUAUAGUUGCACGUGGCAUUGAUUAGUUGGAGAGUGUUUGCUUCUGGAUACGAAACAGCCAAGGGCAUCUCUAUUACCCCUCGAAAAGCUGCGUUCUUCAAUCAAAGUCCUCGAAACCCGCUAAACAUCGAAUAACGUCCAACCUCAAGAGUACGAGGUCCUCCUCCUCCUCCACCCUUCUUCUCUCCGCAUCUCUGACUACUAAACUUCCACAAAACCUGUUAAAAACAACACCGUCACAAUGGUGCCCCAAAUAACCCCACCUCCAACCCUCCCCCAGCCCCUCCGUCCUCGCCAAACCUACAACCCCUACGACUCAUACCUCCCUAUGCUCUCCUCCCUCUAUGCAGAACUCUCAUCUAUGUACCCCGAACUCUACUCGUCGUAUUCGUAUGACGCAGGCGCCGUCUCCUCGUUACUCGCAGAAUACACCUCCUUGUACGCAAACCCAUCAUAUUACUCCUACUCCUACUCCUAUCCCGGAUAUAGCGCUUCUCGCACUGUCACCGCAGCAUCAUCGACGGGGACGUUACGCGCGACUGGGACCGCGCUACCCGCAGCGAAUGGCGGCAAUGAUGGGGGCAAUGGUGGUGGUGGCGGAGGUGGGAUGUCCAUGGCCGCGAAGAUCGGGAUUGGUGUUGGUGUACCGUUAGCUAUAUUACUAUUAGCUGGGGUUGGCAUCUUCCUAUGGUGCGCGGGGAAGCAUAAAGGGAAGAAGAGCUCAACCACUAUCAUUGCGCCAGUCUCCUCUCAACAUCAGCAACAGCAAUACCAGAAUCACGCAGCACAGCAACAGUUUCAAACCCCACAACAGCAACAAAUGGGCUACUUACAAAACCCCAACCAACAAGGCUACAUGCAAGGGUAUGCACAACAUCCAACCGCCCCGACACCACCUCCUGGAUAUGUCCAGAACCAGCAGUACGCGGGCGCGUACGGCGGAUAUGCGAAGGGUCCCGACCCGGGGGUUAUGGAAUUGGAGCAGGAGUAUCAUUUUGCAAGACCAGGGGUUGUGGAAUUGGGAGAUGGGGCUCCGGGACAACAAGGAGCGGAACAGCGGGGAGUGGAACAGCAAGGACAGCAGGAGGAGGAGAAUGCGGGGAAAGAAAGGGAAAUGAGGGGGAGGAAUUCGAUAAUGGGACAUAAGGGGAAGCUUUUAGUGAGGCGGGAAAUGGGGGCGCAGGUCGAAAAGGCCGGAGGUUGGUUCUUAUCUAGAGUUCCUGCCGGGGAAGUAAUAGAGGAGCAUAGAAUCGCCGUUUACAGUACUUCAUUUUACGGAAAUUUAUCAUGUAUAUUACUUGAGAUAGGAAUUUAUCCUGAUUUGAAUUACGAGAUUUUUGGAAGAAAAAACCAGGUUUACCUGCGCCUAACAAACGCAACAACCCAUUUAAAUGGCCUGAAGCUUGGCACUGCUAAAAUCGCGGUUGUGCAGGUUAGUGAUUUGAGUAACAAGCUCGUCUCCCAUUACCAACUAAUCUACACGCGUAGUGAAUCGGUAGAUAUAUUCUACUGGCUUAUUCCCGCCCACCUCUAUGCCUAUCCACUAAACAGUAAGCGUCAUCUCGCACUAGCUGGUAUCAUACCUUCGAAGUACCAUCCUCCAAUACCUCAACAACCUCCGCCAACCCUUUCUCCAUUCUUCUACCCCCCCAAAGAACUCCGACUCAUAAUCUACGAACAACUCCACCUUAAACCCGGAUUCCUCAAAACCUCUCGACCUCCUCGAGCCUUUGAGAUUCUCGCCCCAAACCCUAACCUAGCUACCCCGCGCAACAGCCGCGCCAUCCACAACGAAGCAACUUUACGUAUCUUACCAAUAAUGGCUAGGCGAAGGAGAAAUAUACCUCCAAGCAACAUAACCAGCUAUAGCUGGGGAUAUAGCGAUUCGUACAGCAGAACCCAGAAGUCACGCAUUCGGAAACCGAGCCUAAGCCAUGUACAGAAGUAUUUCCUACGUAAUCUGGUAGACAUGCAGCUCUUGAUGGUGGGAGCAUGUAUAAAUCCUAAUCCCAACAUCUUGAAACCAUCUCCUUAA